UAUAUUUGCAUAUAUACCAUCUUCAUUGCUUGGAAUCAAUAGGACUUGAUCUCAUCAUACCCAAAAGUUGAAUACAUCCAACUUCUCCCAACUGGUCCCUGCAGCACACACUCGCUCUACAACACUCUCCCCCAUUCUAAAUACUCACACUCCCUCACACUCUUCCUUCCCACACCAAUCAAACUCCAUUUCAAGGUCUGUUUCUGCUAUUCCGAGGAUGGUGAAGACCAAAGUCUCUGAAAUCCCGAAGAUUACUUACCAGUCGGAUAUGAUGGAUGAGUUGAAGGCGGCACAUGUUCUUAUGGGUAUUGGUGCUCCGGAGGCGGCGGCGGACGGUGUUCCUGCAGCGGCGGCAGCGGAGGAAAGCAGAUGUGGUGGUGGUCAUGAAGAGUCACGCCCAAGUUCUAAGGCUGAUGAAAUUAAUAUCCCCCCUUGGACACUAAUAAUCCCGAAGUUGGAAGAUCACAAUAAUCUUCUACAGCUCCAUGACGAUCAGGUUGUGGGUGUUCGACUUCCAGCUGACCUUGAUUCAGUGAGUGCAUCUACAGCAGCCAUGUUAGUGCCAGUGCUCGGUGGUACUAUGAGCCUUUUGAAAAAAAAGUUACAAAAGGAGGUUGCUGGAUAUGAUGAGGACGAAGACGAGGAGGAGGAAAGGGAUGUUGGCAAUCAACAUGAAAUGAAUCAGGAGGAGGGUGAGCAAAGAGAGGAGAAUAAGCAUAUCAACAGCUUUCAUAAGGAGGAUGUUAUUGUUUUAAGUGAUGACGAUGACGAGGAGGAGAAGGCUGGGAAGGUCUAUUCAAAGCCGCUGUUGAUGAAAAUGAAGGUUGAUGACCUUAGACAUUUAGCUGUUAAGCUGCGAUUGAAAAAUAGCUCCUGGGAUUCAAAGGAGAAGCUGGUUGAUCGUAUUGCAAAGGCACUAGGUGUUUGUAAUGAAUAGUUUAUGGUUAUUGCAACCAAACUAGGUAUUUGAGAUUCCAUAAAUAAUUUAUGACAAUUUGAAGGAUCUUUAUUACUUGUGUAAUUUGUGAAGAGAGACCUGAAGAGUUGAGCAUCGUAUUGGGUGCUUCUUAAAUUGAGUUUGGUGCAUAUAGAUCUUUUGCCCCAAAUUUGUUGCUUA